UGCAGACUCCACAUCUCUGCUGUCACUGAUGGACUCACACGGACCGACGAUGCAGUUCCAUCUGGGAGUUCAGCUGCAGAUCCUGCUGGCCGUGGGUCUGGCCGUGUUCUGCUACUGCGUGGUCCUCGGCUGCAUCCUCUGCUGUCGCAGGCGGAAGAGCGUCUCGUCAGAGGACAAGGAGGCGCCGUUUUCCUCGCCCUGUCCCGUCUCGAGGGCGACCGCCACAUUGAUCCAUCCUCCGUCCACGCAGCCUGUCAGACAGCAGUAUGAGGAGCUGGACGGGGACGUGCUGGAGUUUCCCUCCUCUAAAACUGAAGAUGACCUGGCUGCUCUGCCCGGUGACCCCGGUAACCCCGGUAACCCCGGUGAGCCCGGUGAGCCCGGUGAGCCCUGCCCGACCGGGUCAGCCGACCCCAUGAGGUCCCCGAGGUCCUUCUUCCCCAUGCGGCGCCUCAGCUCCCCCGCCGCCCCCGCCUCCCCCGGGAAAGCUCAGAGUCACGGCCGAGCCUCUCUGCCCUCCCUCACCAAACCGAGCAUCGCGUCCAAAUCCCGCCAUGCGAUGGUUCGACGCUGCACCGUGAGCGGUGACGGCUUUGCUUACGACGAGAGCAGCCGCCUGACGGCCAGAGCCGCCGGAGCCCCCGGAGCCGCCGGAGCCGCCGUCCGGCAGGGGGAGGCUCAGCUGUCGCAGUACGGCUCCGGCUCUCUGUCGUCCUCCUCCCCCAAGUCGGCUCCUAUGCUUCACUUCUCCCUGCUGUUCUCCGCGGCCUGCGGCUCCCUGGUGGUCAAGGUCCUGGGGAUCCUGCUGGACAGCCGGAGGCGCAGCGGGAUCUUCGUCCAGGUCAGCCUCCCGCCGCUGUUCCCCAGGCCCCAGGACGCGGCCCCGCGGCGGCGCGGCUUCAGCCUGGACCCGCGCAGCCACAGCUUCGUGCUGCAGGUGGGCUCUGCGGAGCAGCUCCGGAGCUGCACGCUGAAGCUGGCCGUCUGCAGCAGGGACUUCUCCGGCCUCAGAGAGACGGCCCUGGGGGCCGUGGAGCUCCCCUGUGAGCAGAUGGACUGGGAACCGGACGUCAUGACUACCCACACCCGGGAGCUGAACCCGGCCAAAAGAAAGAUAAAGAAGCAGAGUGUGAGUUCUCAGGAGACCUCUGGGCGCAGGAAGAGCUCAGUCAGCGUGCCGCUGGCUCUGGGACAGCUCCUCAUCCUGCUGCAGCAUCAGGCGCCGGCCCAGCGAAUCAAGGUGAUGGUCCGGAAGGCCGAGAAUCUGGCCAAGCUCACGCGGAUCCCGGGAGCUCCAGAUCACUAUGUUGUCAUCAACCUGCGACAAGAUGGCAAAGUCAUUUCCUCCAAGGAGACCAAAGUGACCAGUCGUCCGAACCCCGUCUGGAACGCUCCGUUCCUGUUCGACCUCCCGCCCGGCGACGUCACGCAGCUCCCGCUAGCUCUCGAGUUCAUCGUCAUGCAGGGCCGUCUCUACACGAAGAGCAGUAUUCUGGGCCGCGUGCUGAUUGGCCGAGAGGCAUCAGAGGCCGGAGAGGGACACUGGAGGGAAAUGUGCACUCCGGGGCAAACGGAAACCACCCGUUGGCACACCGUCCAGUCAGACGCCCUUUAGGAUUGAUUGAUUAGAGUCCAGAGGGUCCGAGUGUAUCUACGGGCUCGAGGGAGAGAAGCUCGGACCGUUGGAUCGGCCGGCGUCUGGAUGCCCGCGUCGCCUUUGUGAUUAUUUCCACUGUGACUCCUCAAAACCGCAGUAUGUGCAACCGUAUUAUUCUGGAUGUGCUCCAUUAUGCAUGCUGAUGCUGUAACACACAACACUGACACGCUGGCGAGAGGCUACAAAUGAUCCAUUUUGUCUGGAAACAUGAAGGAUUUAUUAAGUAUUAACAGUAUUUUAUCCUUCAGCCUGUGCUUUGCUUUUGUGACCCUGGACUCUAAAAGCCUCUCAGCCCUCAGAUCUCUUGGAUUAAGUAUACGACUGUAUCUGUAGUACUUUCACGGGGUGUGCGUGUCUGUGGAGCCGUGGUUUUAUCGUGUGCAUUAGGAGAAAAGGUUUUGUUCUCUUUUCAUUGACUGGAAUUUACAAUAAAA